AUGGCGUCGGCAGCUGUGCCGGAAGAGUGUGUGGACCGUAAGAACGACCCGGAUGCCAUCAAGAACUUAAACCUCAUGAACGCGUUCACGCCGAUCGAGUGGAGCUGCAAAGUCGAGUUCGGGAUCCGCACACACUGGUUCCGGUCUUGGGACCACGGCGCGCUGCUCAAGACCAAGCGGCCCUGA